GGAGGGGAAGCAAACAUGCCCACUCCUACCAGAGGCUGGUUAAACCCACUCAUCCAGGGUUUUCUCUCACAGUCUCCUUAGAGGGCAAGUGCCAGGCUGUCCCUACCUUCAUCUGAUGCCCUCAUCUUCCAGCUGCAGGCAGCUUUCUUACUUAACACUCUACUACUACACUUUGCAGCUUGCUUAAGAGUCUUCAGCUGCCCUUGGUGGAAACAGAGACCAAAACAGACACAGAAAGAGGGAAAGAGAAAGAAACACAAUGCGGACCCUCAUCAUUCUUGCACUCCUGGCUGUCCUGAUGAUGGCAGCGCUCUGCUAUGAGUCUCAUGAGAGUAUUGAAUCGCAUGAAUUAACAAGUCCUUUCAUUAACAGAAGGCAUGCCAGCAUUUUCAUGAGAACUCCACCUGAGAACAGGAGGAAUCCUUAUCUGCAUGAAAGAAUCAGAGGCCGUAACAAGAGCACCCAGGAGCGCCAGAGGGAGACCUGUGAAGAUUACUAUCCCUGUGACACUUAUGCUAUGCGCUAUGGGUAUGCCGCUGCCUACAAGCGCUUUUUUGGGCAAAGAAGGGGCAAGUAAGAAAGAUCAGGAAUCCAAAUUCCCAGUGCCUGCCGCCUGGAAUCUUAAUCUACAGAGAGAGUGACAUCUCUAAAAUGUAUUGUUGCUUGUUAACUGUAUGUUAUUCCACCUGCUUCUUCAUUCUUCUGUAACCAUUGAGUCCUAGAUAUCAUUUCAGUUUGCACAAUGCUGAUGUAGUGGUGGCUGAGCGGGGAAGGAUGUGGGUUUUUAUUACAAAAUAAAUGGCUGGUUUGAUACUGUU